AUGAGCUACAUCAUCCGCCCCUGGGCCGUAAGAGACCUCAAGCAGGUCAUGCAGCUUAUUAAGGAAUCUGCGGCAUUCCACAAAGCUUUGGACCAAGUGAGAAUCACCCCAGAAAUGCUCAGAGAAGAUGCGUUUGGAAAAGAGGCGACCUUUGGAUGCUUGAUAGCUGAGGUGCCCCCUGAGCAAAAGAGCAAAGAGGGUCACACCAUUGUUGGGUAUCAGUUCCAUUAUUUGUCCUACUGCACAUGGGACGGCCCUGUUCUCUUCGGCGAAGAUCUCUAUGUGGUGCCAGAGUUCAGAGGCAAAGGUAUUGGGACGAGUUUACUGAAUAAAGUGGCAAAGAUUGCACUGGAGAAAAACUGUGUCCAGUUCCGCUUCAUCUCAGCUUCAUGGAACAAGACAGCGAUGGAUUUUUACACCAAGCUGGGAGCCAUAAAUGUCACAUCUCAGAACAACUGGAACCUUUGCCAUAUCGAUGGCGAACAUGUUCGGAAACUGGCGGAGCAAGCCAGCCGCUAG